GCUAUAAGUAGAGAACUCCCACCAUUGCCCAUCGCAUGCCAAAGAUCCUAGAACAAUAACUCAAAACAUGUCUUCAUCACUGUCUCUACUCCGCUCUCUUCUCUUGCUUUCGCUUUCAUUCCUAGCUCAAGCUGUUGUCCCUCCCUCCGCUCAAUUCAAGUUCAUCAACCAAGGCGAGUUUAGGCCUUACGGCGUCGAGUACGGCGGCGAUUACCGGACCACCACCAUCGUUAAAUCCCCUUUCCAGCUUUGCUUCUACAAUACCACCCCCAAUGCCUUCACACUGUCGCUGAGAAUGGCCACUAGGCGGUCUGAGUCGCUCUUCCGCUGGGUCUGGGAGGCCAAUCGUGGCAACCCGGUCCGUGAGAACGCGACCUUCGCACUCAGGGCCAACGGCAACCUCAUCCUGGCUGAGGCCGAUGGCCGGGUCGCGUGGCAAUCGCGCACUGCGAAUAAAGGCGUUGUCGGUUUCGAAUUACUCCCCAAUGGCAACAUGGUCCUCUACGACUCCAAGGGCAAUUUCGUGUGGCAAAGCUUCGACUCCCCCACGGACACUCUCCUAGUGGGCCAGUCCCUGCGAGUCGGGGGGAGCAAGCUUGUGAGCCGGGCCUCCGUGGAGGACAACUCCGACGGGCCGUACAGCCUGGUGAUCGAGCCCAAGGAAUUGGCCCUCUACUACACUAGCAAGAACUCCCCAAAGCCGCUCCUCUACUUCGCACUCACGCCACACAUAACCCUCGCCGACAACUCCUUGACAGAAGUAACCCUCGACAGCCAGCCGGAGAACGACGAGGGCCACGCCUACGAAAUCACUUUAAAACUUGGGGUGGCCAACACAACGAGUUACCCGUAUAUCCCGGUUACGGUGGGCCGGCCCAAAUACAAUUCCACACUGACCAUGCUUAGGCUCGGGAUUGACGGCAACCUCCGGGCCUACACUUACAACGACCAUGUGUUCUACCGGGCCUGGGAGAUUACCUUCACUCUCUUCUCCCGGGACGGGGACUGGGACACCGAAUGCCAGUGGCCGGCCCGGUGCGGGAACUUUGGGCUCUGCGAGGACAGCCAAUGCGUGGCGUGCCCAUCGCCCCGCGGGCUCUUGGGCUGGAGCAAGAGCUGCGCGCCGCCAAGGGUCACGAGCUGUCGGCCCAGCGACUUCAGCUAUUACAAGAUCGCCGGGGUGGACCAUUUCCUGAGCAAGUACACGAAGGGGGAAGGGCCGAUGAAGGAGGGGGACUGCGGGGGCAAGUGCAGCAAGGACUGCAAGUGCCUGGGCUAUUUCUACAACCGAGAGACUUCCCGGUGCUGGAUCGCUUACGAGCUUAAGACGCUGACCAAGGUCGAUAAUUCCACGCACGUGGGCUACAUCAAAGUGCCCAAGCAAUGACCUUUUAAGUCUAUGCACUCGUUUGAUCAGAGCUCGCGCUCUUUUUUUCUGUUGUGGGAGCAACUUGUGUUGCUGUUGUAUCGCCAAUAAGCGAGAACGACGAAGCUUUUUGCCGUUACUUAUGUGUGCCUUUACGGUUUCUCAUCAUGAGAUGCUACGCAAAUAGUAAUAAUAAUAGUAAGGUUUGCAGCGAAGCGACCUUACAUUACAUGUAA